AUGGCUACCUUACGAAAAUUCGCCCUGGCUCUAAGUCUUAUCGGCCUUGUGCUUGCGCAGGACACGCCACAGCCAUCCGCUUCUGAGACCACUGCCGCAACUUCUUCGCCUACGACAACUGCGGUGCAAUGCGGAGGAGCGAACUCUGCGAAUGGAACAAUCUACUCCGAUACUUCAAGUGGAACCAACAAGACAUUCAUCAUUGAAUGUGGUGUCGACUAUAAUACCACCGCAAAUGAGCUUCUUGCCUAUCUGACUGUCAGUGGACCGGUUGAGCUUCUUUUGUCAAGUUGCAUCAGUUUGUGCGCCAAUACAGCUGGUUGCGUUGACCUCAGCUUGACCGGUAGAGCCUGCUUGUUAAAAUCCAGUAUCACUGGACGCAACGCUGUUCCAAGAGAGGACGACUUCGGUGGUGCUCGCCUGCUAUCGCCCUUGCCAGAGGUUGCAUCAGUACAGACCGCAUUAGCAGAGACUGCAUCAGCAGAGCCUGCAUCAGCAGAGGCUGCAUCCGUGGAGAUCGCCACGACUGAAUCUCUAACGUCUACGAUCGCAUCUUCAACGUCUACUCUUACAUACUCGACGGCUACGACAACCGUACAUUAUGCUCCCAGCGCAACGCCGAAUGACCCCAACUGGAUUCUCACUCCGUUACCGUAUGCGCCAUGGAUGGAUCUUCCCCCGACGAGUUCGCGAACUAUUCUGGCAUCUUCAACUGCCUCUCCGAUCUCCUCAGCAGCUGCCGCGGCUGGCGCAGCAACUACCUGCAGACCAGAUACAACACCGCAAUGCCCAGUCUGUAACCGUAGGUUCAUGACAAUCGAAGACCCGGAGGACUCGGCCAACGCAUACGGUUUCCGAAUUCAAUGCGGGACCGAGUACCUGGGUGGGGCCAUGGAAGGAGGAGGCGAGGGCUACAGAGGGCUCCGAGGCUUCAGAUUCUGCACUGAAGAUUGUGCUUACACGCCAGGCUGUGUUGCUGUUGCUUACGAUUACGUGGGAGGCGUCUGCUCGUUCAUUAGCACGACUGAGGGGGGAACUCAAGCUAAUAGCAGCAUCUGGGGGGCGUUCUCGCUGGACUACUGA